AUGUUUAUGCAAUCAACUCAAACAAGAAAUUCGCUAAAGCUUAAAAAAAAUCAUGAAACUCCAAGCUCUUGCAGCUGUUUUUCUUUUUCUAAUGGCCUCCGCGGCUGCAACCGGUGAAUAUCACCCCAUCCCAAACACCAACGCUCUCCACGUCAUCGAAGUCGCGAAAUUUGCCGUAUCUGAAUACAAUAAACAAAGUGGCUCGAAGCUCAAGUUAAAUAAGGUAAUCAAAGGUGAAUAUCAGAUUGUUACCGGGGUUAACUACCACCUCACACUCUCCACCGGCGAAGGUCCGCUUUUGACGACCUAUGAGACUGUUGUGCGGGAGGAUCUUGACACCUCCCGAAAACUUAUUUAUUUUACACCUGUGCCUGUGUCUGGGCCUGAGCCUGUGCUGGGUGGAUAUAAGCCCAUCCCAAACCUCAAUGCUGUUCAUGUCAUCGAAAUCGCUAAAUUUGCCGUAUCUGAACACAACAAACAAAGUGGUUCAAAGCUUAAGUUACAUAAGGUAAUCAAAGGUGAAACGCAGAUUGUUAACGGGGUUAACUACCGCCUCACACUCUCCACUAGCGAAGGUCCACUUUUGAUGAUCCAUGAAACUGUUGUGUUGGAGCAAUCAUGGCUUGACUCCAGAAAACUUAUUUAUUUUAAAUCUAUAAAUAGUCAUGCUUAACUUAUUAUGUAUUGUGCUAUCUAUCGUCAUGGUUAUAUGUAUCAAUAAAAGUGGCUUGUAAAAAAAAGUCAUGGUUGUAUUAUAAAUAAAAAGUGGCUUGUAAAAAUAGUCAUGGUUAUAUGUAUCAAUAAAAAGUGCCUUGUUAAAAAAAUCA